GCGUGCUGCCUAGGCGACGGGCCGGACGAUUCGAAACGAGGAGGGGGGGGGGAAAGCGAUAUUCCUGCGUUCAUAACCUUUAAAAAAAAAAAAGAUCCGUGAAUUCUCCUCGUGUUCCCCUGCUCCUUUGUGAGAGUGGACCAGCCUAGAGAGACAAGGCUUGCAGAGUGCUCCGAACUUCCAGGAGUCCAGGGCUUCCACAUCCCGAUCACCGCUCUCGGGGGCCGGCAGUUCUCCCGAAGAAGCCAUCAGGGGAGACGGUGGGCUCGGGCAGUAGAGAUGAAACGGAAGAAGAUAUAGUUCAUCUUUAAAAUGGAAAACUUUAUUCUUUAUGAGGAGAUCGGAAAAGGAAGCAAGACUGUUGUUUAUAAAGGACGGAGGAAAGGAACAAUUAACUUUGUAGCCAUUCUCUGUACUGACAAAUGCAAAAGGCCUGAAAUAACUAACUGGGUUCGCUUGACCCAUGAAAUUAAACACAAGAAUAUAGUCACUUUUCAUGAAUGGUACGAAACCAGCAAUCAUCUCUGGCUUGUUGUAGAAUUAUGUACAGGUGGUUCCUUAGAACUGGUUAUUGCUCAAGAUGAACACCUCCCUGAAGAUGUAGUGAGAGAAUUUGGGAUUGACUUGGUGACUGGAUUACAUCAUAUUCAUAAACUUGGAAUUCUCUUCUGUGACCUUUCUCCUGGGAAGAUCCUCUUGGAAGGACCUGGCACAUUGAAAUUCAGUAAUUUUAGCUUGGCCAAAGCAGAAGGGGAAAAUUUGGAAGAGUUCUUUGCUUUGGUGGCCUCAGAAGAAGGUGCAGGUGAUGGUGAGACGCUAACAAGAAGAUGUAUGAGAAGCCGAGUCAAAGGUUCUCCUAUCUACACUGCUCCAGAAGUUAUAAGGGGGAUGGACUUCUCCAUAGCAAGCGAUCUCUGGUCUUUGGGUUGUCUACUUUAUGAAAUGUUUUCAGGAAGACCACCAUUCUUCUCAGAAAGUUUUUCUUCCUUAGUUGAACAGAUUUUAUAUCAAGAUUUUUUGCCACCUAUACCAAAAGAUAAUGUUCUUCCUGAAGCAUCAUCUGAAUUUGCAAGUUUACUUAAUGGAUUACUUCAAAAGGAGCCUCAAAAAAGAUUGACUUGGCCAGAGGUAUUACAGCAUCCAUUUUGGAAGGAAGCUUUCAAGAAAGAAGAUCAUGAUUCUCCAAAUACCCAAGAUGCCAACUUUAAGAAAAUCAUGGAAUGUUCUUUAGCUGAAGAAUGUGAAGAACUGUUGUCAAGUAGCAUGGAGAAUGUCCAGUCUUCGGGGUUGAAUAUCAGCCAACAAUUUAACAGGUCUUUUAAACUAGAAAAUCCAGCUGAAUUGCGGCCUAAGAGUGCUCUUGGAUGUGGUCAAUUGAAUGAAUCUAUAUUUCUUCUGAGUUCUCGCCCCACUCCUAGAACCAGCACUGCAGUGGGAUUGAUACAUUCUGAUAUUGUAAUCCAUAAGCCAUAUCAUCAGCCUUCUUCUUUUACAGAGAUGAAGAAUCCAUAUUUAUCUCAGCAGGACAUAGAGGCCAAAAUGAAGGAACUCAUCUAUACUGAUGCUGACCUUGUUGUGACUCCAAUAAUUGAUAAUCCAAAGAUAAUGAAACAUCCACCAAUUAGAUUUGAUGUGAAAAUACUUCAUUUACCAGCAUAUUCAGCCGAGAAGUUAGUAUUUUUAAAGGAAGCCGACUGGCAGGACUUUUUACAACAAGUCUGUACCCAGCUCGACACUGGGGAGAAGAGCACAGCAGCCUCCCGGGCCAAACUCAAUCUGCUAUGCUACCUGUGCACUAUAGCCAACCACAAGGAGCUGGCCGUGAAGCUCAUCCAUUCACAACUGAUGCCAAUGCUCAUCCAGCAGCUCCGAGCAGCUCCAAAUUGGGAUAUACGGGCCAAGGUUGCCCGGGUGAUCGGUUUGCUGGCAUCUCACACAACUGAAUUGCAAGACAAUGUGCCUGUCACAGAGGCAGUUACUCUCUUAACUGAACUAAUUAGGGAAAACUUCAGGAACAGCAAAUUAAAACAAUGCCUUUUACCGACCCUUGGAGAGCUGAUCUACCUUGUAGCCAGUCAGGAAGAAAAAAAAGAGCACCCUAGAGAAUCCUGGGUCAUUCCCUUGGCUGCUUACACUGUGCUAAUGAGAUGCCUUCGGGAAGGGGAAGAACGUAUUGUGAAUCAUAUGGCAGCAAAGAUUAUUGAGAAUGUCUGUACUACAUUCUCUGUCCAAGCCCAGGGCUUUAUUACAGGGGAAAUUGGACCCGUUUUAUGGUACCUCUUCAAGCAUUCCACUAUAGACUCACUACGGAUAACGGCUAUAUCGGCCCUGUGCAGGAUCACGCGUCAUUCCCCCAACGCUUUCCAGAAUGUGAUUGAGAAGGUGGGCCUGACGUCAGUCAUCAACUCCCUGGCAUCUGCCAUCUGCAAAGUGCAGCAGUAUAUGCUGACCUUGUUCACCGCCAUGUUGUCCUGUGGAAUCCACCUGCAGAGGCUCAUUCAGGAAAAGGACUUUGUUACCACAGUAAUACGUCUGUUUGACAGUCCUUCGACUUCCAUUCGAGCAAAAGCUUUUCUGGUCCUUUUAUAUAUUUUGAUUCAUAACCGAGAGAUGUUGCUUCUCAGUUGCCAAGCAAGACUGGUGAUGUACAUUGAAAGAGACAGCAGAAAGGCCACCCCAGGAAAGGAGCAGCAAAGCGGCAAUGAGUACCUGUCAAAAUGCCUGGAUCUUCUCAUCUAUCACAUUGUGCAGGAACUGCCAGGAAUUCUGGGUGAUGUUCUCAAUGCUUUGGCUAAUGUUUCUGGCCGCAAACACCCAUCAACAGUACAGGUUAAGCAACUGAAGAUCUGUCUUCCAAUGAUGCCUGUAGUGCUUCACCUUGUGACCUCACAGGUAUUCCGUCCCCAAGUUGUAAAUGAGGAGUUUCUUUUCAGCUGUGGGACUUUGCUUAAUCAUAUUAAGUCUAUAGAUUCAGGAGAGACCAAUAUAGAUGGAGCCAUAGGUCCAACAGCAUCCGAAGAAUUGAUCAAGAUUACUUUAUUAGCUUUUGAAGCAGUAACGCAACACCCAGUCUUGCUGACAUAUUUUCGUUCUACGGUCGUGGACUAUAUCCUCCCACCCUUGGUCUCUUUGGUUCAGAGUCAGAAUGUGGAAUGGAGACUCUUCAGUUUGCGGUUGUUGUCAGAGACCACGUCCUUGCUUGUAAGCCACGAGGUUGUGGCGGAGGAGAAGGAGGAGAACAUGGAUUCCAACACCAAGCUUCUGUCUCUGAUUAGAGAUGUUCUGCUUCCCCAGUAUGAGCAUGUCCUUAUGGAACCUGACCCUGUACCAGCAUAUGCUCUAAAACUGCUAGUGGCUAUGACUGAACAUAAUCCAGCUUUUACCAGCCUUGUUGAAGAAAGCAAACUGAUCCCAGUUCUUUUUGAAGUAAUUCUGGAACACCAGGAAAGCAUCCUGGGCAACACUAUGCAGAGUGUCAUCACCCUACUCAACAAUCUGGUUGCCUACAAAGACUCGAAUAUGAAGCUGUUCUAUGAACAAGGGUUGGUCCGCCACAUAUGCAACCUUUUGAUUGAAACCUCAACCCUGUACCUGGACAUAGACAAUAAAAGCAACAUCAAGACUGCAAACUCAAUGCUGUUUUCCCUGCUUGACAUCUUACACUGCAUGCUCAUGUACACCUCGAAUAUUGUUCGGCUGACUCUACAGGCCCAGAAGAAUGGUACAGGAGGGGACACUCAGGCUGCUGAGGACCUUCUGCUUGUGAAUAAACCUCUGACAGACCUAAUUAGCUUGCUUAUUCAGCUGCUUCCAAGUGAAGAUCCCGAGAUAUAUGAGGUUUCGUCAAGGUGCCUGUCUGUGUUAGUUCAGCUGUAUGGAGGAGACAAUGCAGACAGUAUGUCUCCAGAAAAUAUGGAGAGCUUUGCUGAAUUACUGAAGUCCAAGAAGGAUGCCAAGGAACAAAAGCUACUAUUGAGAAUCAUAAAAAGACUGAUCACUUCAAACGAGAAACACUUGGAGAGCCUGAAGAAGGACGGAGCUAUUCUGAUCCACAUGCUGGAGGCCAUCGCCCCGCCCAACAGCCCCCGUGACAGCACCGUGGUUUCCUUGGCUCAAGAAAUUCUCAAAAUAGUUGAAAGCUAGCCAGGAGGGUGAGUGACCCUGCCGUGCCUCCAGCCCAGCGCUCCGAUCCCGGGAUGUGAUUCUCCCAUUCCCUGGUGUCUGGUCUACCGUCAGCCUCGUCCUUGGCCCAGCCAGCUCAGAUUCAGGAAGUGUUUUACUCAUCUGUGGGAUCCGCAGCGACCCUCCUCACUAUGUGGCCGGUGCUCUGGCCUCGUCUGCCCCUUGGAUGUACCAAUAAAAAGCUGCCUUGGUCACGGCUCCCACAAAGCCUUUGCAAGCCGGCUUGAGCCUCUCACCUUUCUCCCUUCAUUUCACUUUGUUCGCUCUGAAAUAGCAUCUUAAAAACACACCUGCACCUGUAUGCAGGGGGCCACACAUGCACACACGUGUCAUGCCCGGGGAGGGGCACACAGCCUGGGCAAGGGAAGGCCGCUGUCGGUUUGCCCCUGAACGGACAAAGUUAAGAUGUCAGAAGGGUGAGGGAGGCCAACACUCACUUCCCUUAAACCUGGGGUGCCGGGACUGGGCCGGAAGAGGAGGGUGAGGAGGGGCGGAGAGAAAACUGCUGAAGGAAAUGAGGCUCUUCACAUUCAGAAAAACCACAGAAACAGUGAAAGGGUGAGGACACACGGAAUCCCGAGAAACCCGAGAAACCCCGGUAGGCGAGCCUGGUUUCCUCCCAGCACACCUUUCUGUGAUGCUGGUUCUAACAAGCCAACUCUCCAGGGCCUUCACUUCUCCAGCUUGGGAAAGUAAACAAUGAACAAAAUUCAGAGGGUGGGCGGCCCGGAAGCCCAGGAGCAAGGGCUCCGCAGGUCCUGCUGUUCUCUUGCCUCCAUUCUCUGGUGUUUUUUUUUUGCUUUUCUAUUCCCUGCCAUUGCCCUCCUCUGACCCCAGAUCUUGCCCUAGAGAGGCCCAGAAAGCUCUGUGUGUGUGGUGGGGGGUCAGGAAAAAUAGGCCAAGGGUCUGGAGGGACUUGGGUGGAAGUUGGUAAGAUCAGAGGAGGCACUAUGGGAAAAUGUGCUCAGAAACGUACGUGUGACAGUGAGUACUUCCUCAAGACCAGAGACCAUCAUUAGGAAGAACUUUGUGUGGGUCACAGCCUGGGAUUGGAACCUAUUUCCACAGGAACAGAUCGUUUUAUGGGAAGAGUCUACAAGGUUCUUGAAAAGGGGUCACCGUCAGAAGAGGUUGCUGGGUUACUGGGCUUCCCAAGAACUUAACUCCAACUCCAAUUGCCCCUCCCUGGCCCCAUUUUCCACCCCCCAGCGCCUGGACCUCAGAAUCUCUGCACAGCUACCAACCCUGGGUGUUGAGGGGCUUCCUUCACCCAAGGCAAGGGUGGAGGGGAAUGUCAAGUUAAGAUUAUGGUAGAGAAGGGAUAUAACUGGCGCCCCAUAAUGGGACCUUUGUCUAGUUGGGCUAGAGGCAAAAGGGCAAGGCCACCUGGAAAAAUCUGAGAAAUUGAAGGUCCAAAGGAAGACCCAAGCCCUGCAGGAUUCAUGGAACCAGGAAUCCUACCAUCUGGCCUGUGGCCCUUCAAAGAGAGAUCAAUUUUCUACCUUGGGCCUUUGUGGGUGAAGGUGUGAAUAGAAAAAAAAAUGAAGCAGAGGAAAAAUGCUUCAAAAAGCAUUUACACCCUUUUCUUUUGUGUGUCCCUCUUACAAAAUCACAGUUCUAAAGCUGGAGGUGGGUGGGCCAUUUUAGACGAGGAAAUUGAAGCUCAAAGGCCUUUGAUAAAGGGGUCCGACUUCCACAGCUCUUGUUCUCCCCCAUGGCAGUAUCCACAUGCCCCACGUUGACAUUUUUGAGGCUAUAUGAGAAUAGUUUAGAGGUUUAUACUACUUAGCUGUGAAAAGUCCACUUUACUUUUACUCUGUGGCCACUGACAGUACCAACAUCUGCAUCUAAUUUGGCUUUCAUUCACUUGGAGAAAAGUUGAGGAUUUAUUCAGCUAUUCCCCCAAACCAAAGGGAACACAGCUAACAAGUUGGUAAUGGAGUUAAAUUCAGAUUUGGGUUGUCUGGCCUCAGACAUGAGAUAGUGAUUCUGACCCUUAAUAUCCUCAUUAGAAUUUUAUAAAAUGAAGUUGGACCCAAUGGCCUUUUUAAGGACCUUUCUGGUUCUCGAUCUUUUAAAGUUCCAUGAAUUGGCCUAAAGAAAUAUUCUUUUCUCAAAUUCUGUGAAUUUCAAGAUCCAAAGCGACUUGUCCACAGUUACACAACUAAGUCAGACACAAGAUAACAGACCUUGGUCUUUCUGACUCCAGAGUUCACUAGGGUCUAGGAGUCAGAGGCCCUGGAUUCAAAUCCCACCAUGGCCAUUCAUUAUCUAUGUGAUCUUGGAUGAGUCACAACCUUUAUGUGAAAUUAAGGAGAUUGGAUCAGAUGGCCUCAAAAUUCUCUUCCAGUUAAAAAGGUAUCCUUUUGUGCCAGAACAAGCGACCAUGAUAAAUUACUUUUCAAACUAGCCCUUCCCUUGCAUUGCCAAUAGGACACUGUGAAAUCUAGAAAAGGCCUAAAAAGUAGACCCAUUUAACAAGUAACAGGUACUCUGAUCAAAGCAGGAAGUACACUGGAAAGUCUGUGCUACAGUCUAUCGUCCCAACAGUAAGUCUCAUUACUUGGCUUGGCAGUGAUUCUUCAGGGAAUAAACAUCUCUGAAUCCAGCUAGUCUGAUCCUCAGGAGACUUAACUCGUUGCUAAUCCUGACCCUGACACAUUUCCAGCUUGGAAUCACCAGCUGGAGUUUUUCUUCUACCAUCACAACUUUGAAGAGUUGGCAUCCCUUCAUUCCACAGUGAGGCAUACAAGCUGGCUUUUAGUGGAGGAAGCCAAAUAGCUAGACCUCAAUACACAUUUUGAGAAACCAAAUUUUCACUACAAUCAUUACAUUAUAACAGCAUAGUUGUCUCUUGUUCAUAUUGUAAUCAUCUAUUACUGACACCUGGGGGAGGCAAUUAUUCACUUUAUAAAGUAGGGAUAUAAUGUUUGCAAAUCUGGAAGUUUGUUGUGUAGAUCAUAUUUAAAAUACUUGCUCACACCUUUUAAAGCAUUUCCAAAAAUUAUGAUAUUAAAUCCAUUCCCAUCUUUGUGACCCCCUUUAUUUUACAAAAUAAAAAUCCCUUUAAAAUUUUCUUGAUUUCUAAAGUGAACUGUAUUUGGCACAGUUGGCAAAUUCUACAAUUAGUGUUUUUAAUCAAAAAAGAAAAGGAAGAAAUCUUUUCUUUAAUACACUGUUUAGACACCCCACUAAUCAUGUUGUAUAAGACUUAGGGCUAAACUUUAGGGCUAGAGUAUUAUUGUCCCCCCAAAUGGGUAUCUCAGAAGCCGAGAUGCAAACUCUUGUUAUGUUAUGUAGUUAUGUUAAGAGCCAGGUAAUUUUUUUUAAAAACUGCCCUUUAGCUGAAUAUCCAUCUAAUUUUUUAAAAAGGAAUAUAAGCAUUUGUGCCCAAAUGUCUCCAAACACAGAGAAGUUCCAUGCCACUGGGGUGGGUUUAUGCAAAUAAUCAGGCUGUGCUGGCAGCUGGCUUCAAUAAAAGGUAACAGCAGCUAAACAGCAUCACACAAUAAUCGCUAGUACUAACUGGCUACUCUUUUGGAGUAGGUAGGGAAAAGAUUCAAUCCAUGUUUAUAGACAACACUUUUGCUUUCACCUAUAACAAUACAUGUAGGACAAGUAUACACAUUAUAUAUCCACUAUGGACUCUCCAAUCCCAUCAACUUUCAUUAUGAGAUUUUAAUUUUAGCUCCCUUCUUAAAAUUCAAAUUUGUUUAACAUCAUUUUAACCAUGCGGACACAUUUGUUUUCUUCAAAUAAAAAAAUAAAAAACUUAUCACUAAUAUAAACCAUUCAGACAUAUUAAAAAUGAUGUAAGUGUGGUAUUUAAUGGGGCAAAAAUGGCGUUCCUGUAAACAAACAAGUUGACACAGUAGAAUGAAUUAAAAGUUUUCUUUAAUUCUGAGCCAUUUUCAUAACUGCAUUUUCUCUUGGAAGCAUCUGUAUCACAGCAGGUUACAACAACUUUGGGAUAAAAGGCAACUGGUAAACUGUCCAAUACAAGGUUUCAAAUAACAGUUCUUACUGGCCCCUACCCAGACAUAUCCCAGAUAAAAUUUUUGAUCAAAAACAUGAAAUAGAUCCACCUGCUUAUUUUAAGCAUAUUAAAAAGGAAACUAAUUGGACCAUUUCUAUUUGUCUAUUUUAUACAAAAAGGCUACACAAUGUUACACUUUAUUCAGAAUACAAUUAGAGUGAUUAUGAAUUAGUGUUCUACACCAUUACUCGAUCCUUAAAAAUCAGAAAUUGCUGUAGCAGUAUCCACUAUAACUUAACACUACGAGACUUAAAAAACUAACAGUUACUGCCAAAAAAAAGAAAAGAAAAAAGGAAAGCUACUGUCAAAGCAAGCAAAGUCAGUACCAUUACAGAGAUUAAAAAAAAUAAUUUUAACAAGCAAGGCUAGGGUUUGAUAAAUUCCAUCUCGUGAUCCAUUCUUGUGCAUCUUCAUUUCUUGAGUUACUCCCAAAAUCCAUUGGUAUUGUUACUCCUCGACCAAAAAGGACCAAAACAAAAAGCUUACUUCAAGUGUUCCCAUAGGAAACUCAGCGUGGUUAGUGUGUCAGGCACUUUCUGAGAUGCCAGCCCACCCCUCGAGCCCUCUCAGCAACUCUACAGGCCAAGCACAAUGCAAGCUCACUCAGACAAGACAGCU